CAGUAGCGCUUCCAACGACAGUCUAGAAAGAUUCAACACAGAGAAAGUUUUGUUGUGUGAGCCAUUGUCAUUGUGUUACUACGUGAUAUUGACGUAUUAAUAGAUUUACUUGAACCCAUAUUAUGGCAUCUGAAAAUAUGGAUCAACAAAAUUCAUCAGCAAUUUCAUCAAAAGACGAUGACCCUAAAACAGCAGGCCAACCUCUGUCAGAUUUUCUUCAUCAACUUGAAGAUUAUACUCCUACAAUCCCUGAUGCAAUAACAGAGUAUUAUCUACAUACUGCUGGAUUUAAUACAACAGAUCCUAGAAUAGUUCGAUUAAUAUCUCUAGCAUCACAGAAAUUCAUAUCAGAAAUAGCAAAUGAUGCUUUGCAACAUUGUAAAACACGAGGAUCAAACCAGAAUACUAAAUCUAAAGGAAAAGAUCGUCGAUAUACAUUAACAAUGGAAGAUUUAACACCAGCAGUAGCGGAAUAUGGAAUAGUUGUAAAAAAACCUCAUUAUUUUGUUUAAUAAAAUUUAAAUUGAAUUAU